UGGAAUAUAAUAGAGGAACUCACAAUAACGUUAGUUUCUAGAAAUAUUUAUGUAUUGAUAAAUUUUUCGACAUAAUGAUUUAACUACCGCGAUAUCACAGGACCGGCUCAUACACACGAGAUGAAUAACAGUUUGUGAAAGAAAUAUGGCAGGUGAACAUGAAGCAAACUUUUUGAAGAUUGUUUUACUUUUGAUGAGGUAUGGAUCAAAGGUUUUGCAGCAAAGAAUUGAAUUUGAACUACGAAUUCGGAAAUGGCAAACAGUGAUUGAUUUCUUAAGGGAAAGAAAACAUGACAUUCUUCAUUUGACACUUGAUAAAUGCAAAAGAUGUUGCAUAGAAGACUGCAAAAUACAGAAAGCAACGAAGUGUUUGAUACAUUACAGUUUGUUAGAACUUAUGUAUAAAGAUGUUAAAAGAAGUUGCUCAACAAGAUUCUAUCACUGCUGUUCUUGUAAUUUUGUCCCCAAAUCUGACUUGGACAUCAGUGUUUGGGAUAUAACACUGACGAGUUGUCUGCUAUUGGAAGUCAUUGGUUUUGAUGAUCUUGGACAGAAACAAGCAAUUCAAAAUUUACGAAAUCUACGGAACAGCAAGGAACUACUACACAGAGGAAAUGCGAAAAUGGAUGAUGAUGAAUAUAACAAAAUGUGGAUUAGGUUGUCAAAUGAUAUUAAGGAAAUUGCAGAGAAAUGUGAACCAUAUUUCUAUUCAUCAAUUAGUGAGGAAGUAGACAGAUUAAAGAAUAAAUCCCUUGAACAGGGGGAAUGUUACAGAGCCCAAGAGUGCUUGAAAGAAGUUAAGAAUGAGGAUGAUUCUAUGAAAAGUGUGGUUAAACUUUGGACUACAUUUAAUUUAUCAGAGCUAAAUCAGGACACUGAAGUGGAAAACAUCUAUGAAUACUCAAAGUCUUGCCUUAAAGACCACAAAGAAAGGAUUGGUAUGUAUGUAGGACCGAAGAGAGCAAUGAAGCAGAGUUUGAAGGCGCUUGAAAAUCACAGAUUCAUUAUCAUUACUGGUGAGGCGGGAAGCGGUAAAACUCAUUUUGGACUCGAGUUGAUGUCCCAGAUGCAGAAAAAAAACCAGAACCUCAUAGCAUUGGUCCUCACAGACAGCAGUCAGUGGAACAAAUUAGAUUUCAAGAAAGAAUACAUUCUCUUUUUUGAUGAUUUAUUGGGAAAAUCGAAUGCCAAUGAUUUAGCUUUUCAUGGCUGGAGCAUGGCUUUUGAUUCAAUGCAUAAAAAGUUGCUUAAUAAUCAUGUGAUUAUCAUUUUUGCUCUAAGAAAUUGUAUUUGGCAUUUAAUGAAAGACAAAUUAGCUGACUACACAUUGUUCAGAUUGUUACAUUCAUCCAAUCCACCAGUAGAUCUCUCAGGGGAUUUUGGAAUGACAUCUCGAGAAAAGUUAGAAAUGUUGAAAAGGUUUUGUAGAUGUAAUAAUGUUAUUGUAUGCAAUACCCCUCAUGAAGAAGAAAUGUCAUUUGAAUGUUCAAAUAAUGGCCCUUUGUGUAUAUGUCAGGAAUCUCUUAGAAUCAUUGCAAACAUGGACACUUCAUGUGGGUUUCCAUUUCUAUGUGAAGAAUUUUUCUCCCAGAAAAAGUUCUUAAAACAGGGAUCAAGUUUUUUUCGUGCUCACUCUGCAAGUAGUUAUUUUAAAGGACAAGUAGAUGAAUUGUUAAGUCAAGAAAAAUAUUUGCAUUAUGCAGUAUUAGUUUUCUUUUUCUUGAAAGAUGACUUAAUGAGGAUGAUAGGCUUGGAAGAAAUUUUAAAAUCUAAAGCAGAAAUUAUUAAAGUUGUAGGAGUGAUAGGAGAUAUUAGCCCUAAAAAGAUUACUAAAGUAACAAUAAAGAGUUGUCUGAAAGACAUGUUGAAUAUCUUCAUCAUCUCCUCUGAAAAUGGUUACAGAUUAAGGCAUAUGGUUAUAUAUGAAGCUGUUCUAUUAUCAUUUGGAGAAAAUUUUUCUGAGGAAUUUUUAGAGCUUAUCUCCAAGACAGUCCUUUUUACUUACGUUAGAUCUAAAGGUUAUGUUCCUAAAAAACAGGAGAUAAUUGUCCAGUUAGAUGUUGACAUGACAGCAUCUUUAGCUAAGAAGCUGAUUGAUGUUUAUGAGUCUGACAAAAAGAAAGCUUAUGCUGAUGUGUACAAACAUCCAUCAUUUCAUGACAAAAAACUUGUUGAUUGUUUUUUAGACAUUUUGAAUGGAGAGGAAAGUUUCAAAGCUUUCCUAAAUUCGUUUGUAGCUGGAGCGUGCAAGGAGAGAAAGGAUAUUUUAGCUGGGGAAGUAAUCAGAAGAUUUUGUAGCUCUUAUGAAUUUGAGAUGGAAAAUUUUAAUUUAGUGCUAAACUACGACCUUAUUUAUACCUUUAGACAAUGUAUGAAUAAAUCUAGAUUUAAGAAAUUAUUCUUAAAGCUUUUAUGUCGUGAAAGCUUUCUUAAGCAUAUUUUAGUACAAGCUGCUUUUUCUGGAGCAUGUGAAUGUUUUAUGCUUUUGCUUAAUUUCCUUGAUUCAGAAAAUGAUUUAGAGAAUGAUUUAGAGACUGAUGGAGAAAAGCAAAUAGUGACUUACGUAAAAAAAAAAAAAACACGACAUAAUUUUUCAUUUACCUGAUAUAUUGAUUAUGAAUCAUAGUCCAUCUUUCGGAAAUGAUUGGAGUGAUGCACUGGCAAGGAUAGCAAAUAUGUAUCCUUGUCCAAAAGAUAGGAAUAGGUUUUACAAAAACGUCAUCAAUUAUUCUAUUUUAAUAGGUAAAAAAGACA